UCUGGCUAUUGAACGUUCGAACCAUUGAACCUUCGAUCUAUAGAGCUGUGACCCUGUCGAGUCCUAACCGAGAUCAGUGACGAUAUUUCAGUGAUUACUAAAUUUGAGUCCAUUUAGUUUGAGUAAACUGUCUUCGUUUUGUAAUGCUACAUAAGUUGGUGAAAGCUGGACUUGCUGGGAUUCUUUUGGUAGGAAUUAUUCUGAUUCUCAUUUACACGAAUUCUGAAUCGCAAUGGAUGCCGACUCCAGACGAAGAACAAAGUGGAAACAUUACUAAGACACCAACAACAGGAAUAGCAAAUGUUAGUAAGCCAUCAACAAAACGAAUAGCACAUGCUACUAAACCAACGAUUGCACGAAUAGCAAAAGUAACUAAACCACCGAUUGCACGAAUAGCAAGAGUAACUAAACCACCAAUAAUGACACGAAUAGCAAAAGUAACCAAACCAACGAUGACAAGAAUAGCCAAUUUGACUAAAUCACCAACAACACGAACAGCCAGUGUAGCAACAACGCAACUAGCAAAGGUUACUAAGAAACCAAAGUGUAAACAUCCGGUUUUGCCAAGAUUUAUAUGUGUAGAAACACGAGGAAGGUUUGGAAAUCGUAUGUUCUCUUUCGCCGCAGCUUAUGGAAUGGCCACCCAUCUUAAUCGAACCAUGUUGGUGGAUCGUUCAACAUAUCUUAAUAACAUCUUCACCCUUGAUGCUAUGAUGGUGGACAAGUGUGUCUGCGGUGAAACAAAGCCGAAACAUUCCAAGAAGUGUUGCUCGUUUGACAAGGAUCUUUUAAAUCUUAAAUCAAGUGAAAAUUACAGAGUUGGACCUUUUCUUCAGUCUUGGAAAUAUUUCGAGUCCGUUGUGCCACAGAUCAAGAAACAGUUCACAUUCAAACGAGAAGUGUUCGAUAAAGCGCGAGAAAUAAUCACUAAAAUCAAGACUGAUUUCUUAAAGAAGCAUUAUGGAAUCAACGUUAAACUUUUUGGAGAAAAUAUUACAUUCGUUGGAGUUCACGUUAGGCGGGGUGAUGUUAUUGCGAACAAAAUUCUGAUUCGUAAAGGUUUCUCGGUCGCUCCUAAACAGUACAUAGAUAAAGCUAUGAUGUAUUUUAUUAACAACUUUACAGAUGUUCUGUUUUUGGUUUGUUCUGACAAUAUGAUGUGGACAACGAAAAACGUUAACCAUUCAAAUGUUGUAUACGUGCGAGGUAAUUCGCCGGAAGUGGACAUGAGCGUGCUUAGCCAAUGUAAUCACACGAUCAUUACCGUCGGCACGUUUGGCUGGUGGGCGGGAUUUCUGGCAGGGGGAACAACUCUGUAUUACAAACACCCUAUCAGAGAAGGUUCCCGAUUAAGAAAACAAUUCUCGGACGACUAUUCUGAUUAUUUUUAUCCAGGCUGGAUUGGAAUGGAAUAGAAUGACAUGUCUAUUCAGAAUUUCUCAUUAAUAGUAGCAAUAUAUAUAUUGUAUUUAUCAUAUAAUAUCUUACAUUUUCAGUGCAAUCAAAGUAU